CGUUUAAGUUUAAAAAAUUUAGAAUCACUAACUAAAAUUCGACAUCACAAUUUAUUUAAUGCACAUAAAGAGUUAUCAUACAGUGCAAAAAACAAAACUGAAGAUGAAUUGGUAGUGAUGAUCCAAGGAUCAUAUCUGUUUGAUGAUGAGAAUUAUAGUGAAGAAAUUGAAAAUGAAAAUAAUGAAAAUAGUGAAUCAGAUGACGAUGAUGAUUUAGUGAUUCCUAAUCAUCAAGUGGUGGUUUUAGUUGUUAACGAUAUUGUAGAUUUGAAUCACCGAAUGUUUAAUCAAGCAGAUAAUCAAUAUACUUCUAACGAAGAAAAUAAUAAUUCAGAUAUUGCUAUGAAUGACGAUCAUGAAUUUAAUUUAGAAGA